AGAUGACUGCGACAGCAACGUCCACAUAAAGUCGCACUUGACUCAUUUGUUGCAAGAGCGCCUAUGUAGUUAGAUAUUUAAGGGCAACUUCCACCCUCCAGAAAUCUUCAUCCUAGGGCAGCACUCAUCCAGCAGUUGCUUCCCAAACUUAGGUACCUUAAACAUUCGAUUAAAACCCUACGGUUCAACCAUUCCUUUCGAAAACCCAUCAAGCUAAUCCUUUCACCAUCUCUUCAAAACACCACCUACCUAGACAAAUAGCUCUCCACCUACGCUCCUCUGUAAACCUAUCAACCCCUAAAAAACACUACGAUGAAGGUCUGCUCUGUCAUCACCUUUGCCUCAUCAAUCUUGGCGGCGGUUAUCCGGAGCCCGCCGUCUCUCGUCCGACCGGCAGGCCUCAUCGCGAACCAAACUCGUCCUGUAUACUUCAAGCGCGAUGAUAUUAGAGUUCUCUGUGGUGAUCCCCCAGAUUAUCCCAACACCGAGUUUCCUACCUGGGAUUACAGCUACCCCAUCGGCAUGCUCUUGAGCGGCGGUAGCCGGCGCAUUCAUCUCGAAGCUGGUCCACGCAAGUGCAUCCAGGCAGCCUGUAACGCAGGUGGUGGAGCAGGUGUCUUCAUUUGCAACGACCAGCAUAAUUCCAUCGACGUGUUAUAUACCGACGCCGGUUGGUUCGCGCAACAAGUGUAUUCAAAAUGUAAACAGCGCCGAGAUGGAACCGACUACGUCGAGAAGGGCCAGGCUUUCUGCCCUGACAAUUGGAAUGUUAUUCUGAGCGACGUCGGCGAUGAAUGCACUGCUUCGACUCUACCUAAUCUCGAUUAAGCGGAGUCUUUCGGUCUCUUUCGCUCGUAGAACUGAGUGCCUGGUCCAUAACUGUAUCAUUAGCUCGCUGGCAAAUAUCCUAGAGGCCGUCUUCUUUUACGGGGACU